GCAUUAGUCCUAUUCCAUUCUGCGCAUUAUUCUCUAUUAGUGUAAGCUUAGCAUUCAUUUAAUUUAUGAAACCCCACAUUAGCCAUCAUUAUUUGUGUAAGGAUUGCAGUUCUAGCUAGCUGCUACUACGCUCAUUGCAUUCAAGGCAGUGGGAAUAAAACAACUGCACCCUUGAUCCCUGAGAGCCCCCUACCUGCCAGAUCUUCAAAACAUAGCUAGUUUCCCACGAACGUCGGUCACAGGUUUUCCGUUAAAAUGAAGUUUCCCGUUAAAAUAUUUUUGUUUGGGAGUCUGAGCGCCGCUUUAAUUGCGUUUCAAUGGUACGACCCAUAUUUUAGUGGAGAGUCUCUGAAGGGAGUGAGAGUGUUAGUAACUGGUGCUAGCACUGGCAUUGGGGAGCAGGUGGCAUACCACUAUGCCAGGUUGGGUGCUCAGAUCGUUAUCACAGCAAGAAGAGCGCAUGCCUUAAACAAGGUUGCAAAGAAAUGUCAGGAUCUAGGAGCUCAGAAAAUACUGUAUAUCCCAGCAGACAUGGCAAGUCCUGCUGAGGCCAACCGGGUCGUAGAGGAUGCAGAGGAACAGCUCGAAGGACUGGACUACAUAGUGCUGAACCACAUCGGACCCAGUCCGUACCGAAUGUGGGACGGAGAUGUGGAUCACAUGCGAUGGCUAAUGCAAGUGAAUUUCCACAGUUAUGUGCAAAUGACUCAGAAGGCUUUACCGGCCCUUGAGAAAAGCAUGGGAUCGAUAGUGGUUGUCUCCUCCUUGAUCGGAAAAUUGUGUUCACCCUAUGCAUUGCCAUACAUUGCUACCAAGUUUGCAGUGAAUGGCUUCUUUGGGAGUCUACAGCAUGAGUUGGCUAUGAAGCAGAGUAACGUUUCUGUCAGCGUCUGCAUCCUGGGUUUUAUCGACACAGAUUCUUCCAUGGAGAAAACCAAAGGCUACAUAGACAUGAGGCCUUACCCUGCUCGGGAGGCUGCAUGGCAGGUUGUGAAGGCUGGAGCUCUUCGUCAGAGCGAGGUCUUCUAUCCCUGGUACACCUACUACUGCACUCUCAUCAGAGACUGGUUUCCUUACUUCAGAGAUCUGGUGAUUCGGAAUUCAUACAACUACAUUCCAUAAGCGUUCAGUGACCUCUUAUAGAGACUGAGGAACGCACGGCUGGUGAAUAAGGGGGGAUGAUUAUGGGAUGCAAUUGACAUGAACUUUGUGGUACUCUGGCCCUGCAUAUCUUUUCAAACACUGUAUUUCUGUUUUUUUGUUAGGGUCAGUUUACCGAAUAUAUGAUCAGAGCACAGCUAAAUAGCUUUUAGGACCUUUAGACUCACUUUUGGAUCUGUGAUAAUGAGAUACGAAUGAGAUAAUGAGAUCCCUGCACAGGGAUUCUGUAGUUCAAAUGUCCAGGUGAUAUGUAAAGCUUAGAUGUUAGAUAAACCCUGAAUCAGUGUUCAAAGGAUUAAUUCAUUGUUUAUAUACUGUACCUUUAAUUAUUUUAAAUGCUAUUGUAAUGUAGUUUUUCAAGUAUAAACGCGAUUGAACUACUGAACUUAAACACUACUGUACAGUUUGAGAACAACCUUAAAGCUUUUUACAUGAUUUUUACUUGUAAGAAGGGAAUAUGGGGCUAUGAUAAACUGGUUAAUGAGUUAUUAUAUGCAAUUCAUGUCACUGAUUGACAGUUAUCACCACGAAUCAACUUUCCAAAUGCUUGUCCCUUCACCUGUCUCUAGUUACACCUCAACAACUUACACAAAAAAAUUAAAAGUCAAAAGAGGUGA